AUGACUCAUCCAGCAUUCGAUAGACGUGAAAGUGCGAUGCUUGGUCAUGCUUAUGCUGAUAACUUUCAAGCAUUGACUGAUAUGGCUCUUGGACUUAGUAAAAGUUUGCAAGAAUGUAGAAAGUUCGAUGGAAGUGAUGUUAUAUCUCAUUAUUUAAGUGCAUAUCAUGGCUCGAACCCGAAACCUAAUAUUGGUAACAUAACUAACUCUGUUUAUGAAGAAUUCUUAAAGCGUAUAAAAGAACCUCCUUUUAAACUUCCAAUAAAAGAUAUCUAUAGUGUAUCAUAUGCUGUUCAUGAGAAGAACCAUGGUCUUACAAGUGGAUGCAAUCCUGCUCAACGUUCUUUUCCACUUGCUUUUUGCAAACGGAUUGAUGACAAGAAUCUUUUUCAAAUAGCAUGUGAUGAAGCACGUCUUACACACUUCAGUACUACAGCUGGACAAAUAUCUGGUUUAACUUGUUUGAUUUGUCGAUAUUUAAUCAAUGGUUAUGAAUGGGAUGAAGCUAUAACAAGUGCUUUCGAAACUGCUCUUUCAACUGCUCCAGAUCUGUUGGGCGAAAUUCAAGAAAUUCAAAAACGAUAUAGAGAUGAUAAUAUUCUUAAUGAUACUCUUAAUGAAAACAGACGACAUAUAUAUGCACCAAAUACUUUACAUACUGCUCUAUAUUGUAUUACAAAGGCUGAUUCGUUUGAAAGUGCACUGGCGCAUGCACGUAGACUUGAUCCAUUGUAUUGCCCGAUUCUAGUUGGUAUAUUAGCUGGUGCUCGAUGGGGUGUGCCACCAACAAUGUUACCAGAUAAUUAUGCGGAAAAAAUAAAAAAGAUAAAAAAAAUGUCAGCAGGUUUUCGAGCUUGA